AUGACGCAAACAGCGGAGACAGAAAACUCUCAGAGGGUGUUGGACAAUGAUUCCGCCCAGCACCUGAAGCUGAGGGAGAGACAGCGCUUUUUUGAAGAGGUCUACCAGCAUGAUGUGGACAACUACCUGCCCUCAGCUCACCUGCAGAUCGACUGCAGAAAACCCCCCAUGGGAAGUAUAUCUUCUAUGGAGGUGAAUGUGGACGUCCUAGAGCAGAUGGACGUGAUGGACAUCUCUGACCAGGAGGCCCUCGACGUUUUCCUAAACUCAGGCUCAGGAACAGAAGAGGAAGCGCUGGCAUCUCCACUACCAGAGGGGGAGGAUGAAGAAGAAGAAGAGGAGGAUGAAGAUGCAGAGGUUGUCUACAGGGAGCAUGCACCUUUGAAACGGCAAAAUGAAGUUGACUCAAAGUCUCGCAUGUCCUCCACAUCAUCUGGUUCCAGUGAUACCAGCGGGGGUGGAGUCGACACACCUGUGAUCCAGUCAGAUGAUGAAGAAGUCCAUGCCGACACUCUGCUGCUGACCUCUGUUCCCCAUACCAGGGAUGAAGAAACAGAGGAGGAAGAAGAGGAGGAAAGAUGCCUUGCAACUAAAUCUUCAUAAAGACUGAAUUUUCUCUCAGUAGAGAGGGUAAAAGGAGUCGGAGAGCUCUCCAUCUCCCCGCCUCUCUACUUUGCAUUGCUUUCUUUUGUGGAAAAACCUUAGCAUGGUUGAUCUGGCUGUGACUUCCUGUGUCUUUUGAAUGUUUUCCCGAAUACACUGAAUAAACCUCUUCUCUAUUUUUCCUAGUAACUUUGUUGAAAUUCAUGGCAAUGGCGACAUUCCAAGUUUCCUUUCACAUAUGCAAAUGAUAUGACUCAUCCUGCUCCCAUGCACUAACUUGUUCUGGCUGAGAUUAAACUAUUGUCAGUUCAAGUGCCAAAGGGAAACG